AUGAGUUCAUGCUCCUCUACAGCCUUAUUGCCAGGAGAGCAGGAGGUGCAGGGCCCUGUCCCACUUGCUCAGGUUCCCACGCCCAGGACACGUCUCCAGGCUGCCCCACAGCUGCAGGCAGAGUCCUCAGGCCUGGGCUUGCUGCAUGAGAGGAGGCCGGGGCAUGGCACUGCCCAGCUCUGUGAGGAUGCAUCAGGCUGCCGGGCAGCUCUGGUCAGCGCCCAGGCCCGUGUGGCAGAGCUGGAGAGCCAGGUCCAGAUGCUGGAGGUGGAGCGGACGCAGCAGAGGCUGUUGCUGGAGAGUCUCCAGCAGCAGCACCAGAAGAACCUGGAUCUUCUCGAGAGCCCCUACAGGCGGCAAAUGAAGGUGUUGGAGGAGAGCCACGGGCGGCAGGAGGAGAGGCUGCGGCAGGAGCUGGAGCAGCUGAGGGCUCAGCUGCUGUCGCAGAGCCAGGACGCGGAGCAGGCGCAGGCAGAGCUGCGGGCACAGCACCAGCAGCAGCUGGCAGCACUGGAGCAGCAGCACACGCUGGAGGUGAAGCAGCUGCAAGAGCUGCAGAGGACGUCCAUCCAGGAGCUGCGCCAGGACUACGACGAGUAGCUGCGGCGGCUGCAGCGGCUGAAGGAUCAGGAGGUGGAUGCGGUGACCAGCGCCACGUCACACACCAGGUCUCUGAACGGCGUCAUCGAGCGGAUGGAGAAGUUCUCCAGUGAUCUGCACGAGCUCUGGCACAAGGUGGAGGCCAAGCACCACAGCACCUCCCAGGAGCUGGCCACGUGGGCACAGCAGCUCAGGGUGCUCCAAGACAGGAUGUUGCAGCAGCAGAAGGACAUGGAGGAGGAACAGAGACGACACCAGGACGUGAUUGCUAAAGUGGAGGCCAGGCUGAGCGAGCAGUCUCAGCAGCUGGAGCAGGAGCGCUGCAGGGCGCUGGCGGAGCAGUGCCAAGUGGGAUCUCUGCAGCGCUCGCUGGAGGAGCGGCAGCAAGUCCUGAGCCAGCAGCUCUCCAAGGAGCGAGCAGAGCUGGAGAGGGCCAAGAGCACUUUUCUGGCGGAGCAGCAGUUGGUGGUGCAGAAGUGCUCAGAGGAGUACCAGAAGCUGGCGACUGAGUGGGCUGAGCUUCGUGCCCAGCAGCAGCAGAGCAGGGUGAGGAUGGAACUGGACAGGCACAUGGGCUCCCAGGGAGAGGGCACCGUCAGCAGCCUGGCCAAAGAGCUGGCAGAGCUGAAAGCCAAGGAGGAGCAGCUGGAGAAGGCCAGAGAGCUGCAGGACAAGGCCUGGCAGAAGCUGAGGCUGGAGAAGGAGAGGGUGAAGGUGGCUGCGCAGCGCGUCCGGCAGCAGGAGGAGAAGGUGCAGAGCAGGGCCAAGCUCUCAUCCCAGAAGGACAAGAGGGGGCAGCGAGUGCUGCAGAAGGCUUGCAGGGGGGAGUGUGAGCACCCAAGGAGGCUGCAGGCCAUGCAGCAGUGCUUGAAGCAGCUGAGGCAGCAGGAACAGCACCUGCAGGAGGAGUGGCUGAGCACGGCUCUGAAGAGGAGACAGCUAGAAGAGCGAUGUGAGGAGCUGCCCAACAACUCCAUGAUGCUGCUGACUGCAGACCAGGACCUCGGUGCCCCUGUGAACGGCCUCUCCAGCACACUGUUUCCCCUGACGACAGCGGCACCACAGAGCUGGGGUCUUGUUGCAGAGCCUCCAGCUCCUGUCAGGGUGCUCCCUCAGCACAGCCCUGGGGCUGGCAGGGACACCCUGGCCACAGCCAGCGGCACCGAGCUCAUUGACGCCACGCUGCUGCUGCUGAAGUUCAGGGCCCAGCAGGACCUGAUGGUUCAUCCCUCUCCUCACACCAUCCCUGACUGGGAGAAGCCAUCUCUGCUGGACUCUGGCUUUGUGAUGUGCCAGUCCCCUCCCUUCAGCCCCCUGCUUCCCUGCUGGGGCUUUCUCCAGGCUGGGCUGCUCUUUCAGGCUGCUUCUGUAGGAUUCGGGGACCAUGGUUUCUUAGAGAAUGAGGAGUUCUACCUGGAGAGUCUGACAAAAUCAUCCUAUCACACAUCAGCUCGGUCACGAGGAUGGUGGUCAGCACAUCUCACACCAGCAAAACUGCAGCCACGUCUCCACCAAUUGGUGACAAAGAAACCCAAGCUUUCUUAGGCAUUGUGGGCUUUUGGAGGCUGCACAUUCCCAACUGCUGUAAAUCCUCUCUGUCGAGUCACCUGGAAGAAAAACGAUGUCAAAUGGGGCUCUGAACAACGACAAGGCUUUCAACAAAUUAAACGAGAGGCUGCUCAGGUGGUGUCCCUUGGGCCAGUCUGAACAGGACCAGAUGUGACAAACAUGCUCUGCACUGCAGCUGGAGAGAAUGGCCCUACCUGGAGCCUCUGGCUAGAAGCACGUGGGGAGGCUGGAGGCUGAGCCCUGGGGUUCUUGAGUCAGGGAUGCAGAGGAUCCGAGGCCCGGUGCACUCCCACCAAGAAGGGGAGACUGGCAGCAGAUGAAGGAGUUUGAGCUGCCUCAGAAGGAACUGGCAUGGAAGCAGGACUGUUCUCAGCACCCAACUGCCAGUGCUGGGCUGGGUGUCCAAAGGGAGGGUCUCCUCCACACAUCAGGCGACUGACGCCACAUGGAGUGAGGGGGUUGUGUUGAGCACUCAGUGAGCUCCUGUAGGAAACCGCAGUCACCCCAGCAUCCUGCACGUGAUCACCAACUGGCCAGAGGGCAAGAGCUCUGGACUACUGCCUGAGAAGGAGCUGGCAGAUGCUGAAGA